AUGAGGGUUUGGCGGGUUACUGGCGCAAGCUCUGCCGCCCAGUACCAUCCUGGAGUAGGAUUUUUGGCGCUGAAUAGCAAAGACAUCAUUACGUUAAGUCCAGAAACGGCCCAUGAAAGGGACACGGCCGUGAUGCAUAUAAAAAGGCAUGAAAGAUGGGGAAACCGGAAGGCGACCCCAUUGAUCUCCACAUACAAUCUUCAUUGUCGGGCAACCAAAGAAGCACAGCGGCGUGUCGACGCCGGCGAGCAAAAUGUGAUACUUUGGGAAAUCAGAUUGGACGGUAACGAUGAUCAAGAUGAUGUAGAGUAUGCCGAAGUGUACGAUUUGGUAGAGGAACUUGACUUUCAGAUCCCUGAAAUUGCAGAACGCAAUGCGGAACACGAAGUCUUGUUUGUGGGUCAAAUUCCGCGACACUAUGUUACUCGCCGAAGGAGAUUAACGAACAGGAAGGGGGAGAGGAUGCAGGGAGGCUGGGUUUGGAUGAACUGA